AUGUUCCUUAAGACACAUAAAACUGGUGGAUCAACUAUCGCCAACAUCCUAUUUCGAUAUGGAGACAGCAGGAAUCUCACAUUUGCUCUUGGGUCUGUUGCUCAAGGAGGAAAUCAUCUAGGCUGGCCACAAAGAUUCCGCUUAUCUAGCACCCUUCCUGUCUACAGACCGCUUAACAUUUUGUGCAGCCAUACAGUAUUUAACAAAAAACCCAUGAACUGGCUUUUUCCGCGAGAAAUUAGCAAGUACGUAACAAUUAUUAGAAAUCCGGUGGAUAAUUUUGAGUCUCUCUUCAACUAUUACCAAUUGGGAGAAGAUUUAGGCCUAGGAGACGAUCCUGUGGUUUCACUGGAAAAUUUUCUAAAAAGACUGUCAUCAUUUUACAGUAAGGUAAAAAGAGGUAUCCAUGCAAGAAACCCAAUGAUGUUUGAUUUGGGUUUUAGCCAAAAAUAUUUCCAGAAUUAUACAGCUGUUACUGAAUACAUUAACUUUCUAAACAAAGAGUUUGAUUUGGUUAUGAUUAUGGAAUACUAUGACGAAUCAUUAAUAUUGUUGAAGCGGCUGUUGUGUUGGGAAAUAGAUGAUAUUUUGCACGUGAAGGUAAACGAACGACUAGACAAGGAAAAGGCUUCUAAUCUAAGUGACAGAGUAAAGGAAAACAUAAAACGGUGGAAUAAGGCAGACGUUCUGUUAUUUACUUAUUUCAAUGCAACAUUUUGGAAAAAAAUAGAAAUGGAAGGUUCAGGGUUUUACGAAGACCUGUCUGCUUUCCGUAAGAGGAGAUUGAAGCUUCAGCAAAUAUGUUUUGAGAAUGGAUCUGGGGCAGUGCAGCGGAUUUUUGGGAGGAAAGAUGUGAAGGGUUAUUCCACUAGAAAUGAUUUAAAUUCCAGUCUUAAGUUUUUGUGCAAUCGCUGGAUUAAAACAGAAAACAGUUACCUAUAUGAGCUGGGUAAAAAGCGUCAAGAAGAACUGGAAUCAGAUUUGGAGAAACAGACCAGGAUUGAUGACUCUACUAGUUGGGACGUGUCAAAAGAUUUGCAGUACGUACCCGUAGAAACUUAA